UUAGGUAACGUUCCAGCAGCUCCGUGUGCCUGGGCCAGCAAACGUUCGGCCUGCCCCAGAAGUCGCCUGCCUUCCCGGGCAGGCUCUCGUCUUACCACCAAUGCAGAAACCACUGAAAGGAGCACCAUCAGCACCGCCCGCAGAAGAGAAGAAAGAAGAGGAAAAGAAAGAAGAAAAGGGAGUGGGGGAGAAAAAGGAGGAGGAGCAGAAAAAGGAGGAGCAGCAGAAGAAGGAGGAGGAGCAAAAGAAGGAAGCUGAAACGAAAGAAGAGGAAAAAAAGGAAGUUGAAAAAAAGGAAGAGGAGAAAAGGGAGGGCGGAUCAAAGGAAGAAGGAAAAACAGCAGAAGGAGAAGCGAAAAAAGAGAACAGUGGCGGAGGCGAAACUUAG